AUGUCUUUCCGUAGGGUAGUGGUAACGGGUUUAGGUUUGGUGACACCUUUGUCAACUGGCGUGAAGUAUUCCUGGCAAAAGUUGAUAAAUAAUGAAAGUGGCAUAAUCACUCUAAAAUCAGAUAACGUCAAGAGAGAGGAUAGUGCUAGCGGUCAAGACAAUGCUCAGGCAUUGCCAUACCACGAGAUAGCAAAAGGUAUAUUUAAUGAUUUACCAGCAACCGUGGCCGGAGUAGUGAAACCUGGAAAUUAUGAGGUUGGUGGCUUUAACCCAAAAGAAUGGUUGGAUCGUGGGGACGAGAGAAAAAUGGCAUUGUUCACUCAGUAUGCUAUCUGCGCAGCAAAACAAGCAAUAAUGGAUGCUGAAUGGGCACCUACAUCUGAUUUCGAAAAAGAUCGAACAGAUCUGGCAUUGGAAGUCUCGAGGAUGUCAUCUCUGCAACUAAUACCUUUAAUUCUCAAGACAAAGUCGCUAGUGACAAAAUAUAAUGAUCGACCGGAAGAGGCUUCGCGUCCUUUCGAUCGCGAUCGUGAUGGAUUUGUGAUGAGUGAAGGUGCUGGAAUUGUUGUACUCGAGGAAUAUAAUCACGCAAGAAAUCGUGGUGCACGAAUUUACGCAGAGAUACGCGGUUACGGUUUAUCAGCACCUCCCGAAAGUGGGAUAGGAGCGGAAUUGGCGAUGCGUAGAGCACUGGAGCAUGCUCAUUUGUCCUCCGGAAAUAUCGAUUAUAUAAAUGCACAUGCUACAUCAACACCACUAGGGGAUAUUGCGGAAAAUAAAGCGAUAAAAUCAAUCUUUGGCAAUCUUAUUCGAGAUGGUUAUACCGAAAGCUCCAAGAAAUUGGCGAUAUCGUCGACAAAAGGUUCGAUAGGACAUUUGCUGGGAGCAGCCGGAUCAGUCGAAGCAAUCUUUACCAUACUAGCAAUAAAAAAUAACAUCCUUCCGCCAACAUUAAAUCUUCACAACCCCGGAGAUCCUUCAACUGAUUUCGCAUUUUUUAACUAUGUCCCACAGACCGCUCAGCAUCAUUCUGGUAUAAGGGCUGCAUUGACAAAUUCCUUUGGAUUUGGCGGCACAAAUGCGUCGUUAUGUUUCGCAAAAUGCGAAGGUUAA